AUGUUUGUAAAACAAUAUGCUGCACCAACCAAAACCACAGCAGCGCCAACCACAACCACAGCCGCUCCAACGACAACAACAAUUCCUUCAACCACAACAGCUGCACCAACCACAACCACAGCAGCUCCGACCACAACAACAGUUGCUCCAUCCACAACAACAGUAGCUCCGACGACAACAACAGCUGCUCCAACCACAACAACAAUUCCUUCAACCACAACAGCUCCGACCACAACAACAGUUGCUCCCUCCACAACAACAAUAGCUCCGACGACAACAACAGCAACUCCAACCACAACCACAGCUUCUCCAAGCACACUCACAGCUGCUCCAACCACAACAACAAUUUCUUCAACCACAACAGCUGCACCAACCACAACCACAACUGCUCCAACCACAACAACAAUUCCUUCAACCACAACAGCUGCACCAACCACAACCACAGCAGCUCCGACCACAACAACAGUUGCUCCCACCACAACAACAGAAGCUCCAACCACACCCACAGCUGCUCCAACCACAACAACAGUUGCUCCAACCACAACAGUAGCUCCGACGACAACAACAGCAACUCCAACAACCACCACAGCUUCUCCAACCACAACCACAGCUGCUCCAACCACAACAACAAUUCCGUCAACCACAACAGCUGCCAACCACAACCACAGCAACUCAAACCACAACAGCUUCUCCACAACCACAGCAGCUCCGACCAAAACAACAGUUGCUCCAUCCACAACAACAGUAGCUCCGACGACAACAGCUGCUCCAACCACAACAACAAUUCCUUCAACCACAACAGGUGCUCCAACCACAACAGCUGCACCAACCACAACCACAGCAGCUCCGACCACAACAACAGUUGCUCCAACCACAACAACAGCAGCUCAAACCACAACCACAGCUGCUGCAACCACAACAGCUUCACCAAUCACAACCACAGCAGCUCCAACCACAACAGCUUCUCCAACCACAACCACGGCAGCUCCAACCACAACCACAGCAGCUCCGACCACGACAACAGUUGCUCCAACCACAGCUUCGCCAACCACAACCACAGUUGCUCCAACCACAACAACAAUUCCUUCUACUACAACAGCUGCACCAACCACAACCACAGCUGCUCCAACCACAACAACAAUUCCUUCAACCACAACAGGUGCUCCAACCACAACAGCUGCACCAACCACAACCACAGCUGCUGCAACCACAACAACAAUUCCUUCAACCACAACAGCUGCACCAUAUGACAUGCUCUACAGAAAAGCUUUUGGAGCCCUCUUCGUCCGUAGUUAUGUCAUUUCAUUUAGGCACACCUUUGUCAACCACACCGCCCACUACAAAUUCUACAGAUACUACCAUCUCUCCAAACUCAACUGCAACUACUGCAUUAAUCCAACAACCAAAACAACUCCAACUGUGGAGGCAACAGUCACAAGGAAACUGACUUUUAGGUCUCUGGGCGAGACCUUCACCACUGAUUUGCUGAACCCAUCAUCUGCCGCAUUUAAAAAUCGAGCUGCACUUUUAAAGUCAAAUCUUGAACCUCUCUUCCAGGGAGCGUUUUCUACUUUACGCGACUUCACUGUAACUUCAUUCAGCAACGGAUCAAUUAUCAACAACAUGAACCUUAAAUUUUCAGCAGCAUUUGUACCUAGCAACAUUCAAAUUGCAGAGGUUUUGCUGAAAGCAGCUUUGAACGUCACAGACUUCAACAUCGAAACGGCUUCUUUUCUUGUGGAUGACAUACAGGUAUCAAGUGGAGUGAGCCACAACAUCAGCCUCAUCACUGCACUCAGUUUGGUCCUGUUGUCAUGGCUUCUUUCAAACCAGCAAUAACGUCUCUGCUGGUUUCCAGAGGAAGAUGUGCUGGAAAAUGUCAAUUCUUACUGGUGUGAAGAAGGACAU